AUUAAUUUGGGCUUUCCAGCCUGCAGAGUGCAGACACAUAAAGGAGCUUGUGAACAUUUAAAGGACCACUACAUUUUUAAAACUGUCAAUAUGGUUGAUGCAUUUUGUGCAACUUGGAAACUGGUGGACAGCAAGAAUUUUGAUGAAUACAUGAAAGCACUGGGUGUUGGUUUUGCUACUAGGCAAGUUGGCAAUGUUACCAAACCCACAAUUGUCAUCAGCCAUGAAGGGGACAAAGUUUUUGUAAAGACACUGAGUACCUUCAAAAAUACUGAGAUUUCGUUCAUACUGGGAGAGGAGUUUGACGAAACCACAGCAGAUGAUAGACAUGUAAAGUCAACUGUAACCAUGGAAGGAGACAACCUUGUCCACGUUCAGAGGUGGGACGGCAAGGAGACAAAAUUUGUUAGAGAAAUCAAAGACGGAAAAUUGAUUAUGACGUUGACCUUUGAGGGAGUGGAGUGUGUGCGCACAUAUGAAAAGGCAUAAUGUCAAACCAAUGGAUGAUUCAGUGUAACCCUGGCAACUUGACAAUAUUAGAAAGGCAUUUUUACAUAAUAUUCUGAAGUUUUUCCCCUUUUUGAGAAAUGUGAGAUAUUUUUUGUAAGAUCUUUUAUAUGAAAUACACAUUGUGGAGUGUUUUUAUUGGUGCAGAAUGUUGGUGAAUUGUGUAAGUGAGGCCUGCAUUUGUGUCAAAUUGAAUGAAAUACACACUUGGUCAAAAAAAGAGGCUUUGUUUCUUACUUAAAUAUGUCUUGUACAAACUGUUGGUUGUUUUAAUAUUUCGGUUUCAUGCAAGGUGUCCAUAAUCAACAAUAUUACUCACUCUAAGCAUACAGUAUAUACAGUACAUAUAAUAUAUACUGUAUAAUAUACACACACACACACACACACACACACACACACACACACACACA